CGUCAUUUCUUGGAGGCGAUGAGAAGCAAAGAAGAUUUUUGUCUUCUUUUAUUUUCGGUCUUUUUUUGUCUGUUGCGCGCUCUGAUCCUAAAAUCUUCCCGGUGUGACAGCGGAGCGACUUCCAGCAUCUGACAGCCUGACGCGGGAUGGAAACCGUCCACCUCUGACCCAUCAACGGGACGACACGUUUCAGGGAUAUAAUAGAGGGGUUGAAAAGGCGCACAAUUUAUUAUUUAAAAGUAGCACUUUAGUAAACAAAAGUCACAGGUAAACGGAUCACUGGUUAAUAGCCUAUUAAUAAUCAAUAGCCGACAGUAUAGCGCACUUUUUUUAGCUUCGAAAGACGCACAGAUGGGCGGGUAGCGGGGUAAAUAAAGCCCGUCCUUAGCUGUUGAAUGCAUGCCUUUCACACUGGAGUCCUGUGCUGAGCAGCAGAGCCACCUGUGCUGUUGCAUUCAAGCCUGACAGCAGCUAAACAAACCACAUGGUCUAACUGAUGCGCAGACACAGCGGAUGACUUCACAUGAAUAAGUCAGAAGUAAACAGACUCUGCCCUAGAUCACUUCACCUGAAGAGAUGUGCUGUGAAGCUGCAAUUUAGACCGAAAGAAAGCAAUAACACUAAUAUGAGGCAAUAGGAAGGUGAUGAGUAACUUCUUCUGAAGCCAAAGAGAAGUGGAAACAAGCAAGAGGAUAAUUCACACUACUUCCAAUUGUCGUUCACUCUGGAUCUAUCAAGCAUUGAGCCUCAGGUCAUAUCUGCAGCACAUGAGGGAAAAGUGCAGCUAAAUGUUUCCUGUUAAAGGCGUUCAUGCAUGCAACACUUGACUGCACAAUCACUCUUUUGCACGCUGUGUCUUCCAUAUUCAGCAUUAAAUUUCUCAGCACCUUCAUUUAUCUUCCAAAAUAUAUAGUGGAUGUCAUUUAUCACCCAGCCUGUGUGUGUGUCAGGGUUCUGCCAUUACUUGGUGCACUCAGUCUCAUUGUGGAGCUAAUCAAGCCUAAGGGUGUGCCACAGAGUAUAAAUAGUUGAACAAAGGCCCUUUUGGAGCAGACAAGAGGCUGAAACCUGAAACCCUCAGUGAUUCCUCCCUCUGGUAACCAUACACGCUCGCACUCUGUGAAGCUGGACAAAGUCUCCAGCGACUCAGAGUGAUUUAAGAUCCUGAGAGGGUGAGGAGACGAGGCAGUAGGGCUCCCUCACUGCAGGUGCUUAAGAAGACCAAAUCAGCAAGAAGAUCCACCCACACCUCUCCUCACAGCCCUUGUGUACGAGCUGGAGAAAAAAAAAUAAAAGAGGAGGAAAAGAAGAAGAAGACACACCCAGAGUCCUAACAGCCACCUCGUCUUAACUCCCCGACUUUUAGUUUGGGUGUCUUGGAGGUUUCCACCACCUCAGAUCUGUCUUGUGUGUCUCACUCUGAAGUGUGUGAGUGUGUGAGUGUGUUUUGAUGCCAUUGAGAGCUGCCACCAGUCUUAUUCCUUCUGUCAGGAUGUCUGCAAUACAAGAGCUGCUUCUGCUGCUACCUCUGGCCCUCCUGGCUCUUCAAGCAUCUCUGUGCCGAGGUGCUUGCGUGGAGGUGGACUCAGAAACAGAGGCCGUGGAUGGUGACGAGUUCAAACUGGGCUGCAUCUCCUGUAAGAGUAGGGGCGAGGUGCAAGCUGUCGCAAGUGUCGUCUGGCGCUUCAAGGCUGAUGGGAAGGAGUGGUCCAAUUUUUACAAGUAUGAAGAUAAAAUGGGCAUCAUCUUUGACCCUCGUUUCUCUAACCGUCUGACCUGGAGCGGAAGCAAAAAUACCACUGACCUUCAGGAUGGCUCCAUCCUCAUCCUCAAUGUGACCCUGAAUGACACUGGAACCUACGAGUGCAUAUUCAACCGCACCCUCAAAUACGAAAAUAACUACCAACAUUUUACCAGUGCCACCAAGACUAUCAAAAUGAGAGUGGUGUCACAAGUCACCAGGGGAAUGGCAUCUAUCUUGUCUGAGGUGAUGAUGUAUGUCUCCAUCAUCGGGCUGCAGGUAUGGCUCGUGGUGGAGAUGAUUUACUGCUACAGGAAGAUCGCAGCAGCAGGAGAGGAAGCUCUGAGAGAGAGCGCGUCGGAGUAUUUAGCUAUAGCAUCGGAAAGUAAAGAUAAUUGUGCAGGUGUACAAGUGGCAGAAUAGCACCGCUCGAGGAAGAAUUCAAGACGACUUGUUUGAGGAAUCUCACAUUCCUGGUUUCUAUAGCCCUCUCCUCUCAGCGUCCCUAAUGUUCUGACAUCUUCCCCACAAGAUGGAUGGAUGAAACCACAGAGAGGAGAAAGAGAAUCAUAAACAAAAUAGGGUUUUUAAGAGACUCUCUGCUAAAGGAUGGAAACUGACCCAUAUCCGGUUCUGAGGGACAGGAGGGAUUCAUCCAGCCGAGGUCCAACGGGACAGAGAGAGAGGAUUGAACUGUAUAUAGGUGUACAUGUAUGCACAGAUAAUCUUAUAUAGAUAUUAUAGGCCUAUAUUAUAUAUUCACAAUAUGCAUGCUUAUGAGCUAAACAACCAACAUCAUGCUUCUGAUUUUCAGUCAUGGUUUUAGGAUUUGUUUAAUCUGUUGUGUCAAAUUUAAAUUGUUUUUUGUUGUUUUAUUAAGUCGACUCUUAAUGUAUCAGUGUUUCCUUUGUCCUAGAAUUUACAGAGGAAACGCUGCUGCAACAGCUGAUAUUUGUGAUGUAUCGUUUUGACCAGUCAUAAUGCUAAAAUAUAUCUGUAAGUAAGUAUUUGGUAGAAUCUAAUCAAAAUCCACCUGAAAAAAUCUCAGAAAACUGGAUUUUUUUGUCAAAGUGGUACUCAGUGAAUGAAAAAUAGAAAGGGAAACAUAAAAGGUCACACAUGCUAGUAUCCAUCUUUUAGGGACAUCCAUCAACAUUUUUAUUAGCUGAAUUAAUUAGGAAACCACUGUCAAGGGUCCAAUCCGAGCUGACAAGAUUUGCCUACAAAUUUUUAUCAAGCUAGUUAUGAAAAUGUGAGACAAAUUGUUUCUCUUGGACAGUUGUGUCUGCAGGUUUGAACACAACAACUCGACAGUAAUGUGAGGGACCACCGAGACAAAUAUCAGCUGUAUUAAAUGUGAAUUCUCCUAAAUGUUUAGGUCAUCACUGGACUGUGUUUGAUGAAAAUUAUUAUUCUUAUCAGCUACCAAAAUUUUUUUAAACAUGCAUAAUAA